GUGUGUUUGUUGUUGUUGUUGUUGUUUUUUGGGUUUUUUGGUUUUUUUUCCCCUUCUUUCUUCCUUUUUCCUAGGGAACUGGCUGAUUCAAGUUAAGGUGGUUUCGUUUCUUGGAGUUAGAUGAGAGAGUUUAGAGAACCCUUCCCAUCAUUUCAGGAAAUGCCUUCCCAUUUUUCUGUUGUGUCCUGCCUCUUUCUAGGUGAAGGUGACAUGCUGAUCGGAAGAAUUUGUCAGUAUUUCUUAGCUGCAACAGUUACUUCAAGUGAGGCACACAGGGCACACCUCAGCCCAGUCGUCGUCGGACUGUUUGAAUUUGAGGACGCUAUUGUACCAGUGCAGACAGUCUCAACUUUUUUCGUUGCUCUUCCUCGGUGAGAAUGGCAAGGAUUCGGAUUCCUAGCACAGCUGUUAUAAUUUUUGUUACAGUACAGACUGGAUUCUUACUCUUCAUGUAUGCCCGGUACAGUAGCUUCAUGCCUCAGUCUGAGGAGAAACCAUCCCAAGUCCACAUACUUAUUCUCUCGUCUUGGCGGUCAGGAUCUUCUUUUGUCGGUCAGCUUUUCAGCCAGCACCCCAGUGUCUUCUACCUGAUGGAACCUGCGUGGCACGUGUGGGUUACAAUGUACCAGAACAGUGCCAAAGUCUUACACAUGGCAGUGCGGGACUUAGUCAGGUCGGUCUUUCUGUGUGACAUGUCUGUGUUUGAUGCUUACAUGCCUUGGAAAAGAAACUUAUCUGAUCUUUUCCAGUGGGCAGCAAGUCGGGCUCUGUGUUCAGCUCCUGCUUGUGACUCUUUUCAACGUACUGACAUAACCAGUGAAUUGGCAUGCAAGACUCUUUGUGGACGGUAUCCAUUCAGCAAGGUGGAGGAAGCCUGUAAAACUUACAGCCAUGUUGUCAUCAAGGAAGUUCGAUUCUUUGACUUGAAGGUCCUAUAUCCCCUCCUCACUGAUCCAUCCCUGAAUCUCAAAAUUAUUCACCUGGUCCGUGACCCCAGGGCAGUCGUUAAGUCACGGGAACAAUCAGUGAAAGCAUUAGCCCGUGACAAUGGAAUUGUCUUGAGUACCAAUGGCACUAAAGUGGAAGAUAGCAAAUACAAAGUAAUGCAAGAGGUUUGUAGAAGUCAUGUUCAGAUUUAUGAAACAGCUACUCUAAAACCACCUAAUUUCCUGAAAGAUCGCUAUUUAAUGGUCCGUUUUGAAGAUCUGGUAAGAGAUCCAUUAUCAGAAAUCUCAGAAAUGUAUAAAUUUGCGGAUCUUAGUUUAACUCCCAGGCUCAAAAGCUGGAUCUAUAAUAUCACACAUGGACAGGGACCAGGGAAAAAAAAAGAAGCCUUCAAAAUAACAUCCCGAGAUGCGGUUAGUGUUUCACAAGCCUGGAGAAAUGUUCUUUCCUUUCAGAAAGUUAAGAAAAUACAGGAAGUCUGCAAAGGUGCUAUAAAUAUUCUUGGUUAUCAGCUAGUGGAUUCAGAAAAAGAACAAAGAGAUCUGACACUGGAUUUGGUGUUGCCAAGACGACAAAAUCAAUUCAGUUGGUCAUCAUUUAAUCUAAAGCACUGAGAAAUUUUUGAGAGAUCUGGGGAGGUGGGGCAGGGUAGUUGUUUGAAUAUUUCUAUACUGUGCAGCAUAUAGUAAUGGGAAAAUCCUUGUGAUGUCUUUAUCUUUUCGUCUACUCCUUCUCUGUUCAUGUAAAAAGGUUUUUUUUUUCCCUGAGUUUUUUACAUAUUAAAAAAAAAAAAAAAAAAGCCAGCAAGAUACUUGGUCAUACUUGAUACUGUUACUGUGCUGCACACAGCAUUGUUUUAAGAAUAUAAUUUAAGCACUUUCCAUUAAAAGAUGGAUUCUCAAAGAUGUCUUUGUUUGAUAACAGUUCACUUCUUUUUUUUCAUGCUUUAAGUAUUUAAGAAUCACAGUUCUUUAUUUGUAUAUAUGGAACAAAGUAUAUACUAAAUUCCUUCACUUGACUUUCUUCUUUAAAGUUGUUUUGCAGUUCUAUUUUUUUCUGACUUCUUUUGAUGUUUUAACAUACAAGUUUUUCAAAAGGUGGGGCAACUGCAGCAGCUGUGUUGUAAAAGCCUUAAAUGGGAACUUCACUUAUUGACAGGUUUAAUAGUGGUUUUCUUGAAAUGGCAAUGUUGACAGCCAGAUACUUGAAUGCAAUGUUUGCUUGAAGUUCAAAGAAGAUACGAAGAAACUUUCAGUGGAAUCACAGUGGAAACGGCGUUUUAAUGCUAUCCCUGUUGUGUUCUAGUACUGUGACACAGAAUAAGUGCAUGUUUGCUUCUGCCAUGCACUCCAUACCAUUAUUCUCUCUCUGUAGAACUACAAGUAAUUGAUGAAGAUCACUGAGAAAUUUAGUAAGCCUUGAAAAUUUGCGUAUCGAUUAUAUUGCUGCAUGGAAGUGAUCUGUUCAACCAACUUUGUUAGCAGAGACAUGCUCAUGUACGGUUAAUAUUCGGUGCCGCGCCCGAGAAACCCACCGGCGAUGCUCAAACACCUCGUGGGCGCAGGGCUUGACUUGAGUGGAAAAAUCUCCCUUUUUCCAUCACAUGAGAAAUUUAAAGUGGGGAAACCACUUCUUUUCCCAAUAUUUUGAGGGACUAAAUUAAAGGUCAGAAGCCAUUUAUUUGUCAUUGUAUCAGUUUAAGUGCAGGUAACUGCCUCAUUUCCUCAUUUUAAGGGGUUCACUUGAAGGAAGAGCUCCCUUUUUCAGCAUUUUAAGGGUUUAAAUGCACAUUUUAGGGUGCUUCUGCCUGUACCCUGGUACCGAAUAGCUUGUAUAGGAGCACGUCUGGCACACACAUAAUCCUACCACCACCCAAGAGUCUAUUAUUGCUUCACAGUAAACACCAGCUAACGUACUACCUAAAUUCUUACCUAAAUAAUAAUACUAAUUCUUACAAUUCUUA